CUUAUUAUUUUUAUUAUAGAUGUCAGUGGCCUUACAAAUCACUGAAGUUGUCUUGACUGUGAUAAUGAAAGUGCCCGACAUUAUCAGAGUCUUCAAGGAGCUUGGCAACGGGAAGGUGAAACAGGAACACGAGAAUCUUGCACAGGAACUCUGUGCCCUUCGCAAGGAACAUGAGAGGGCGUCAAAGACCAUUGACGCCCUAGUUGAGAGCCAAGAACAAUUGAACCAAACACUCCAGCUGCUGACAGAACUGCUGAUAGUGCUAAACAGCCUGUCUUCAAGGCCUUGGCCAGAUCUGCAAGAGAGCAUUCGCGACGUUUUGGGUCAAGGAGGCCUCCGCCAGGACUCUGGCGUCCGUGUGAACGAGGCUCCCUCAGGGCUAACCUGUGCAGUCUGCAGGUCGACCUACAACGCGCACGAUCGUCGUCCGCUUAUCUUCUCCAGCUGCGGCCACACCUUCUGCGAGGAAUGCCUUAGGACGGAGAACCGCAAGAGUGUGUUCCGGUGCCCUUCUUGCCGGCAGGACCGCGACCAGUUCCGGACGCUGAAGCCUAACUUCGCGCUGCUCGACCUGCUCGAAGCGCUCCAGACAAGCGAGUAAGAGGCAGCAGAUUAUUAUGAUACAGAGUAAACGCGCUGCAGCAUCAUGAAGGAGAAUUGAAGCCCUAAACACAAACACACACAAUGUUUGUGGAAACCUCACGUUGGCAGUGUGAUUAUGCGGUAUCCGUGAAUUGUGGUCACCUACAUUUAUAUAUGAAGUACAGCUUAUUAAGAGAUUAUGUAUAGUUUAUUAGUGUAUAAUAUUCAUGGGAAAUAUUAUGCAGGCACAUCACAUUUAUUUACUCAGUUGAUUUUCAAAGAAUCUAAAUGGAUUCUGACUUUUUGUCAUCCAUACAUAUGGUCA